UUUCACUGCACCACGUUGGCACCGUCGCGUAUAUAAAGAGCCGAAGCGUCUUACGAAGAAGCACAAGUACUACCACCAACCCAUCUGCAUCUCAGGCAAAGCUCCUCUUCAUCGUCUCGGUGCCCGUGUGACAGAGAGAUUAUGUAUACUAUUAAGGUGUUGGUGGCGGUCGUACUUUGUACGACAGGCACAUUGAGCGCACCCCAAAGAGUACCACCAGGUGGCUCGGAAAAAGAUGCGGUAAUUACAUCUCAGCAGCUCGAAGUCAACUUCGACGGCAACUAUGUCAACAACUUUGAGACGAGCAAUGGGAUCAGCCAUCAGGAAUCGGGCCAGCCAAAACAAGUGGAACAAGAGACGCCAGUAGUCUCGCAGGGUGCGGAUAAGUACACAGCACCGGACGGCCAACAGGUCAGCAUCAAUUGGAUAGCGGACGAGAAUGGUUUCCAAGUGCAGGGCUCCCACAUCCCCACGGCGCCGCCCAUUCCGCCGGAAAUCCUAAGGGCGCUGGAAUGGAACGCCGCUCACCCCGAGGAAGACGACGGCGGUCAGCGACCACCAGGAAGAGGUUAAUCAGCCCAACUUUACCUCAAACGUGACCUGAUUCCGAGCCAGCUUGCCAUGGACAGAACCGACCCCGAGCUUUCGAAACGCAAACACAAAUAAAAAUAAAUAUAGUGUGGUAUAUUAAUUAAUCUAGGAUACAAACGUAACACGAAGACAAGGCAUGAGACACCGGUCUAUAAUAAGCUAUGUACUCCCGAGAUGAUUCUUUAUCUUACCUUGUAUAGAUGAAAAAUAAAGCGCACUGUUCAGCAGUUCACCGAGGCAGAGAGAUGCCCCGUGCCCAGAUGCACGCGCGCCGUCUCCGCACGCAAGAAACGAGAACGACACGCGCGUGCGAACCAUUUACGCGUGCGUCCGAACGUUAAUAGUAUAUAUGUAUACUUAACUUGUGAUUUUUGUAUAUAAAUAAAAGCGUUUUGCCCAAG